AUGGGACGAAAGGUGGAUGUCGCGAAAUCGCUGAAAUUCUUUGGUUACUCGAUUCAAAAAGAUGCUGCAGAACUAGUGAGCAAACAGUUGGAAAACGUUCCUCUAUCAACGCAUGAUGACUGGAUCGACAAUCUGGUCGACUCUCUCCAGCGCCAAACGCUCAAGUCGAACAUUCUCAACUUUACUGAUGUUCGAUCGGCGCUGAAAGACUUGCAGCGUUCUGGAGGUCAAGUCGUGGAAUUAAUGGAGGCAGAGACGAGCCAAACAACUGUAUGAUUCGCCGUGGCACCGCCGAUCGCCUUCGUUCUUUGCGGCGAGCUUCUUGCCUCUCCUCACAUGCCAAACUCGUACGACGUUCUCAGCGAGCGUCUCGAGAAGCUGGCAAGAAAGGCUGUCGAGCUUGAUCUUCGCGAUACACACUUCGUUUUCAUUCCUUCCUCGUCUGAUCCCGGCCUGGGCGAUUGCCUACCGAGACCGGCAAUUCCCGAGUCCGUUAUACCUCAAUAUGUUCGUCAGAAGCUGCCAAAAUGGACAUUCACGUCUAAUCCAUCGCGUAUCACGCUUUUCUCGCAAGAAAUCGUCAUCUAUCGAGCAGACCUCGUCGCCAAGCUGAUGCGUCACGCUGUGCGCAUGCCCGCUGGUGAUCACCAAGAAAUGGCCGUCAAGACAAUCUUGAGCCAGGCUCACCUGAGUCCCCUCCCGCAGCGACUUUCCCCUAUUUAUUGGGGCUGGGAUCAUGCACUGCCACGGGGUUGA